AUGGGAGUCCUGGCGGGAGGGUCUACGCAGCUUGCCCCGGAUCUUGAGGCUGGUGACACAUACGUGCAGGACACAUACGUGCAGGCGGAACACCCCGGGAUGCUCGGUACUGGCAUCCCCGCGCCUGAUAUGCUUGAAGUUCUGCAGGACCGAAGUCAACACGAGCCUGCGCCACGGACUAGCCCAGAAGACACCAGCUUGACAUGCCCAGCUAAGCCUGUUCGCGUUGGUUCAAGAGAGGAAAUCUAG